UCAAAUAUCAUUUGACAAUUUAUAACUGUAUGUGAUUUUGUGAUUAUUUGCCGAUUCAUACUUCAUCUGUUUACUGUAUCUACAUUUUAUUUAAAUUCAUUCGAAAAAAUGAGUUUUGCACUUCCAUCACUGAAAGUUAAACCUUCAGUACCAGAAAGUUUUGAUAUAAAUGGAGGAGUCUUUGGAACCACCGAUUUGAUGACCAGUGGACUAGCCGCCUCCAGAUGUAAUGUGGAUCUUCCUCACCCAGUUGCUGCCUCUGAAUUGAAGUUUCGGGAAAAUGCUCAUCAAAUGAACAUGACUGUACUACGUAACACGCAAGGACUGCACGCACCCCUCCGUUUAGCUAUGGAACUGAAAUCUGCCAAACGAAUUGGUAGGCUGCCCUUUAUGCCUUCAUCCAAUGUAAUGCAUGACGCUCUCACAGGUAGAGAUCUCGACAUAGGACCAGAAGAUAUAUUCAAUACUCCAGAAUUCUUAGAAGUCUCUGGACAACCACAUGCUGUGGUUGAAAGAUCUUUGGGUUUAUUGUAAGAAGAAAUUAUUCAGAAUAGAGUAAACAUAUUGAGUUGGGAGUAUUUUCACUGAUUAGGAUUUUCUAAUUAAAAAUGUAUUCAGAAUAA